AUGGCGCUGCGGUACCAACAAAACAUAGACCAGCAGCUCCAGCUGCAGGAAAAGAAGGGCAUCCAUAGACGUGCGCUUGACCAUGGUAACUCGAUGGGCCGGUAUUACCUUCGAAAGUCGAUGGGCGAUACCGAGUACUCUAUCGGUGAGGUGCGUCCUGAGUCGUCGUACCUUAUAGACUUGCUUCCUGCUUUGGCGUAUAAGGGCGAUAGGAUGAGGACGAACCCGGCGGUGCUUGACGUGCAGCUGAAGUUUGUGCAUUUGUCUUCGAAUAAGGCUAAACAUUCGAUCAAUACGGUGAAAUGGACGCCUGAGGGAAGAAGACUCGUGGUGGCUUCGCAUUCGGGAGAGUUUACUGUUUGGAACGGUAUGACGUUUAAUUUCGAAACUAUCAUGCAAGCACACGAUCUGGCGGUGCUUGCGUUGAAGUACUCACACGACGAUGAAUGGCUUCUAUCUGGAGACCAGGAGGGGUUGGUUAAGUACUGGCAGCCCAAUUUUAAUAACGUCAAUAUUGUCAAGGCACAUACAGAUGCUAUUCGAGAUAUAGCGUUUUCGCCAAACGAUACAAAGUUUCUUACGUGCUCGGACGAUUCUCUGGCCAAGAUAUGGAAUUUUAAUAAUGGCCAGGAGGAAAGAACACUUACAGGCCACCACUGGGAUAUCAAGUGUGCUGAUUGGCAUCCAAACUUGGGCUUGGUCGUUACAGGGUCUAAAGAUAACCUUAUUAAGCUCUGGGACCCUAGGUCUGCCGAGUGCGUUACUACCUUACACGGAUUCAAGAAUACCGUCAUGAAAACGAAGUUCCAGAAAGUCGGUACAAAUAGACUCCUAGCGUCCGUCUCCAGAGACCGCUCGUGCCGUGUUUUCGAUCUACGUACCAUGUCUGACUUUGUGGUGAUUCGUGAUGCGGAGGCUGACCUUUCCAGUGUUGAAUGGCACCCUGUUCACGCUGGUCUCCUCACCACGGGUGCCUACGACGGUUCUAUGGCCCAUUACAUUUUGGAUAAGUACAUUUCUACCGAUCAAGAUGCUCGUGGAAAGGGCAUUGACGCUGUUCACAGAAUUCCAUAUGCUCACGAGAAAGCCAUUCACGCCUUGGAGUACCAUCCUUUGGGCCAUAUCUUGUGUUCUGCCGGUAACGACAGAUCUGCUCGUUUCUGGUCCAGAGCAAGACCAAACGAUCCAAGAGCAUUCAAGGAUCCACCAUACACCAACGAUAAGAACGGUGCGUGGUACUACAGUGUUAACAACAACGUGAAUGCCGUUUUGGAAGACACGCCAGCAGCCUCUAUUGGAGGGAAAUACCUGCGUGACUCCGACGUUGUGCCUGGUUUGAGGAACUUGACUUCGAGCAUUCCAGGACUUGGGGAGUCAUAA